GGGAAUUGCUUCAUAUGUACACCCUGAAGCUGCUGUCUAAGGUGCCCCAGCGAGUCUACUGAUGCUUCCAGAAUAUGAAUUUCGCAAUUCUGGAAACACCUCGAGGAACCUCAGACAGCGGCAGAGAAGUGUAAGCAGUGAGGAGUGAAAUGGCCAAGUGCCUAAAAUCGGAGGCCUGUGAUUCGCCGAACGGUCAUGUGCUCCAAAUCACCAACACGGCAGCGACGACGUUGACAGCUACUUCAGUCCUGCGCUCCACCUCAUACCUGGUUUCUCCAACCUCCAACCUCAUUACCUCGACUUCUAUUCCUGCUCUCUCUACUGUCCUCAAAUCUUUCCACUCUGAAUCAGACCCGACUAUCAUCACUAUGGCAAACCCUCUCUCUGGCACGGGAUCUCUCAUGCACUUCAAGCCAGUGGAAUCCUAUCCAAAGACUGGCAUCAAUGUCCUCGUCGUCGGCCAAGGCCUCGCAGGAUUGGCUGCAGCUCUGGAGUGCGUUCGCAAGGGCCACGACGUGACUCUGCUUGAGCGCAGCUCCACCUACAACACUGCAGGUAUGUUUAGCCCUACGAGGCGAGUCUAACAACGCUAACCCGGUGUACACAUAGGCGAUAUGUACUUCAUGGGCCUCAGCGCGACCCGUUUCUUCAAGCACUGGCCUAAGCUCAAGGAAGCAUACGAUUCCAUCUCCCUGAACGAUGCGUGGUUUGAAAUUCGCA